AUGUCUUCAGCUGAAGUGUUGAGAGAGUUUGUCAAAGAGCGCCUCUCUGCUGCUGCUGAAGACAUCUUUGUAGUUUUUCAGAGAGCUGUAGUCCAGUACGAGGAGGAGAUCCACCGUCAGCGCAGACUGCUGGAGGUGGUCUGGAAACCUCACAUAAACUUACACAGACUGGAGCUCCCACAGCAAUACGCCUGUAAGAAAGAGGAGGCUCUCACUGACCAGCAGCUCUGUAACCAGGAGAGGAGCGCCAGUCCAGACCAAGAGGAUCCCGAGCCUCCACAGAUUAAAGAGGAACAGAAGGAACCCUCCACCAGUGAGGACUGGGAGCAGCUUGAACUGGAGCAGGACACUGGAAACUUGAAGUUGACCCAAACUUGUGAGGAAAGGGAGAACACAGAGGCUGAAGUUAAAAAUGAACACGAGCUCCUUCCUCACAACUCUCAUGUUGCUGAUAACAGAGAGCAACAGAUAGGUACGCACAGAGACUCAGGAUCUACUAGAACAUCUAAACGAAAGGAAACCGUUCACAAAAUCAGUCAGAACACAAAAGAGUCAGAGACUCACUUUGAUCCUCUUCAAGGUGAGAACUCUUUCAAAUGUGACACAUGUGGAGAAGCUUUUACAUGUAAGUCAGAGCUAAAGACACAUCUGCUUGUCCACGCAGGUAAGAAGACACAUACCUGUAACAGUUGUGAUAAAACCUUUAAUUGCAAGUUUUUACUGACGGCACAUUCAAAAACACACAAAGAAGAGAUCAUACACUCCUGCAAAACAUGUGGAAAAGACUACAAAUCACGCAAGUCUUUGGCUUAUCAUGUGAAAACCCACUCAGAGGAGAGGCCGCACUCCUGUAGCUUCUGUGGGAAAGGAUUUCGUCACAGGUCACACUUAGGGCAGCACAAUAAAAUACACACAGGGGAGAAGCCUCACUCCUGCAGCUUCUGUGGAAAAACAUUUGCACGAGGUUCAGAGUUAAAUAGACACCUCCGAAUUCACACAGAUAAAAAGUUGUUUACCUGCACCACAUGCAGCAGAUCUUUCAAAAGUGAAGACAUCUUGGCUGACCACAUGAGAACACACACAGAUGAGACUCCAUAUACAUGGUGAACAGAUCCCUGGAGAAGAGCGGCUCAAGUGAAACCUAGAGUC